AUGGCGACCACGCAACCAACUACACCGCUCAAAUUCAAUGGCGCCGGCCAUCUCACCACCCGUCUGGUCCUCGCAACCCUCACUGGCCGCCCCGUCCGCAUCUCACAAAUCCGCGCCUCGUCCCAUACAAACCCUGGUCUUGCCCCUCACGAAGUUUCAUUCCUUCGACUCUUGGAUGCUGUAACGAACGGCUCGGCGAUCGAAUUCUCCAUGACCGGUACGACGCUGGUGUAUAAGCCCGGACUCAUCGUGGGCAGUGCGGCCGGCUACGGCGCAAGUGGCGGUGUGAUCAAGCACGAGUUGCCCAGAGAUUGCGCUAGAGGCGUCAGUUGGUUCCUCAUACCCCUGUGUAUGCUGGCUGCUUUCUCCAAAGCCCAAGUCAAUGUCAUUUUCACUGGUCCUGGUGUCAUCACGAGCGCAACGGACAAAGGCGAUGUCAGUGUGGACACAGUGCGAACGGCUAUCCUGCCGCUUUACAAGAACUUUGGAAUUCAGAACAACAUCGAGUUGAGGGUUUUGAAGCGCUCGAAUCCCGGUCCUGGUGGAAGAGGAGGUGGUGGAGAGGUGCAGUUGGUGUUUGGACAUCAAGUCAGACUGCCGAAAACGAUACACAUAAUGAAUGCCGGCAGAGUCAAGAGGAUACGCGGUGUAGCGUAUGCAACUGGAGUUGCAGGCGCCAACAACGCAAGAAUGAUCGAUACGGCGCGUGGCGUGCUUAAUCAGUUUGUGGCCGACACCUACAUCUUCUCAGACGUCUCGUCCGCACCUCUGGUUCCCGCGCCGGAAAAGAAUAACGCUGCUGCGAAGAAGAAGAUUGGUGUGGGUUUCGGACUCAGUCUGGUCGCAGAGUCAAACACAGGAACUCUGUACUCUGCAGACGUGGCCAGCUCGGCAGCAGGCGGUGAAGCACCAGAAGAUAUCGGCAAAGCAUGCGCAUACCAAUUGCUAGAAAGCAUUUCACAAGGCGGCUGCGCGUCCAUCGUAGCAGCACCCACUAUGCUCACACUCAUGGCCAUGGGCAGCGAAGACGUGGGCAGACUGGUGCUGGGCAGGGAUGUGGUGGGCACAGACGAGGUUGUGCAGUUGGCACGAGAUCUCAGAGAGUUUGGAAUGAGCGGUUGGGGAUUGAGAGAUGGCAGCAACCCAGGAGAUGUGGUUGUGUCGAUCGUGGGAAGAGGUGUGGGCAACGUGGGAAGGAAAAUUGCAUAG